AAACACCGCGUGGUUUGUUUCUAUAUGUUGUUACUCAUGAAAUUCAACUGUCUCUAUUAUGCGUAAAGACACUCACGUUUAAUUGUACUUCGUCUUCUUCGAAAACGAUGUUGAAAACCUGAUGUGUCGGCUAGGGUGAAUUUACCAAAGGCAUGACAAAUGCAGCUAAUUCGUUUCGAUAUCUGGAUAUGCUAAUGUAAAACUGUUAUGUUAGAAUAUCAAUCGUAAAGGUUGAAAUUUUGAAGAUUUUUGAAUUAUUGGACAAAAAUUAAUCCUAAUCUACAAACGGGAAGGCUCUUUCCAAAAUAAAAGUUUUCUCUUUCAAACAGAUGUCAUACCAAUUUGUACAUGGUCUAACUUCUGUUAAAUAACUAAUUGGUAUUUAGCUUCUAUGAGUACUACUUUUCUUUAAUUAUUGGCAAAAGUAACUAUGAAUUUCUUUAUGUAGUGAAAUGUAUACACCUUAGUUGUGUGCUAAAGCGUCAACGUGAAGAGUCUAUUUGAAGCACAGUAGAGUGGUGUGGGUAUUUGCAUUGCUGGCCUGGAAAACGGGAGAUGGUAUGUGCACCAGUGAUUACAGGUCGAGCUUAUUUACACAGCUACAGUGAGCCUGCAUACAACCCGUUGGAUAUCAACCAGUGAACUGUCAGAGGUGACUUAGCGGUAAACAUGGUUGACGAUAUCCAUAUGUGCAGAUCAGCAGUGCGGUUUUUCAAAGCACGGACGGUCAAGCUAAACCUCAAGAUUCCGCCCUCUGCUCUGGGUGAAGUGGGACUCAGUGGUAAUUCCUGUAGUCACGUUUUUGAAGCAGUCCUUAGCGGGGAUUAUGGUUUUGCCUUGCAUAGGUGGGCGUUUGUCGGUACAGCAUGCCAGGUGUCAUUAGUUGUAGCCUUAGUAAUAUGAGUAGUCUCAAAGAAGCCCCCAUAUGUGAAAUUCCCUUUAGAAGGAGAUAGUCUUUCAAAGUGAGGUGCAUCUCUUCUGCAGGAUUGUAGAACUACAGCCAGACACAUCCCAAUCAUGUCUUCCAUUUGCAGGUGAGUAACCUCAAAUAACCUGGUUACCUGGGGAAUGUGGAAGCACUGAACCCUGAAAGUUGGGGAGGGAGUUCUGCGAUUGCACUGAUCAGUAUUGAGGGCAUGUUAAUAGAGUCCUUUGGCAGGAGCGUUGGGCUUUCAUGCAGAUGAAUUACAGCCACGUUGCCUGCUACAUGAGACGAUCAAACCUUGAUUAAUGGCUUCCAAGCAGAUGAGGUUCCACCUGAGAGCUGAACCGAAAAUCGGAUCAAGACUCUCUUUAGCUAGUUAGUUAGUUAUCCAGGUAGUUAGGUAGGUAGGUAUUUACUUAGUUGGUUAGGUAGUUGUUUAUUUAUUCACUUAGUUAAUUAUUCAUUUAGUUAGUUAAUUAGGUAGUUAUCCAGUCAGUUAGUUACUUAGCUAGUUAGUUAGUCGGUUACUUAGUUAGUCAAGUAGUUAGUUAGUUAGGUAUUUAUCUAUUUAUUUAUUUAUUUAGUUAGUUCGUAACUUAGUUAGUUAUUAAGACAAUUAUUUAUUCAUUUAGUUAGUUAGUUGGUUGGUAAGUUAGUUAGUUGGUUAUUUGGUUAGUUAGGUAGUUAAUUAGCUAGUUAGUUAGUUAGUUGGUUAGUUAGUUACUUAGUUAGAUAGUUGGUUAUUUAGGCAAUACGAAGCAUGUAUCUUUACGCUCACCUUCAACUGUGUAAUGGAAAUAAACGAUGUGUGAAAUGAUGGAUCAUUUGAAUGGUAUAGAAGAACUGAAAGUUAACAAAAUUAUAAUGUUCACAAGAACCAAAUUUUAUCUUUCAUUUUCAGGUAUGCGUUGAUUGCAGUUAAUAGUAAGCUCAAAAUUGUGGUAAAAAAAGGAUUUAAAACCUACUGGUUGUAAAAAUCUGACAUCAUUCAUAUACGUGACAAUGCCUACAUUCUCAUAUGUUGUUUUAUUUCAGAUCAUUUUAGCUCAGUAUAGGCAUACAUAUUGAACAAAAAUGGAUUAUGAUAAAGAUGAUGAUUGUGUUUUAUACUCAGCUCGUGAGCUUCCACGUAUUGAGAUUGAAGAACGUCUAAGAUUUUACAAAAUGGAAUUAGAUAAGAAGGAUGAAUUGAUAAGAGAAAUGAUGAAAAUAACAGCUAAUACACCAGCAGUUAUUCCGCAUUUUCGAACAUCAGAUACACAAAUUUGUUCACAUGAAAAAUUAGAAGAAAUUCGAGUUAAAGUUGAAAAACUUCAACAUACAAUUGCAGAGAAUAAAGAAGUGAUACAUGAAAAAAAUAUGACAAUUAAUGAAUUGAAAACUGAAUGUGAUAUGAUACGAUUAGAAAAUGUAGAUCAUUUGAAAAGAAUUGAAGAAUUGGAAAACUUAUUACUAGAACAAUCACAUAAGCUUCAUAGUCACGAACAAGCUGAAAAUCAACACACUUUAGUUAUUCAAUCGUUACAAGAAGAUGUGAAGUUGAAAAUGAGCAAACUUUUAGAUUUACGUUACCAAUAUAAAAUAUUAGAGGAGAAGUAUGAAAGUAAACUACAAGGUGAGAAAAAAUCUGAAGAAGAAUUCGAAAAAUACCUAAGAGAUCAAGCAAAUUUACUGGAAUGUGAAGCUAAGUCACAAAUAUGUAUACUUAAGCUAACUGAUAUGCUCAGAUCAUUCUCCGAUUGUAAGGAACAAAUUAAACGACAAGGUGAUUCAAUCGAAGCCUAUGAAUUUGAGCAAAGAGCAUGUAGAGAAACUAUUUCACGUCUAUCUGGAGAAAUUAAUAAAGAACAAACGGCAAGACAAGCAGCUGAAAACUCUGAAAGAGAAAUAAAACAGGAGUUGGCGAAAACUGAAUCAGCUUAUGAAAGAUCAGAAGCUCGUAUACGUUUAUUAGAGGAACGUAUACAUAGUUUAACACAAUCACUUCAAGUUGCAAGAGGUGAUGCAGUAGAACGUGAAAAACAGUUGAAUAGAAUAAAUGAAGUGGAGUCAAUGUUUCAACGUAAAGAUAGUGAUGAUAAUAAUGUAUCUACUCACUCUAUUACACCAGAACAAGAGAAAUUUGAUUGGACUUCAGAUGAUAUACAUGCUAUUCAAAAGUUUGCAAAUACAAUGGCUUCCUCGUUUUCAUUUCCGCAACCAGCUCAGUUAUCAAUACUAUUCGACACAGUUACAAAGCGGAUUGAAGAAAUGGAGGAAUCUUUGAAACAACAGACUCAAAUUAUUUCAGAUUUGGAAUCAGAAGUGAACAAUUUAAGGGAGGAACGAUCAAAGUAUAAUUCAAAUGGCAAUCUUUUAAAAGAGCGCAUUGUUUAUCUCGAACAGUAUAGAGCUUCAGACGGUACAUUGAUUGAUGAAUUAAGGAGUGAAAGAGACAGGUUGCACUACCAUUUAUGCAAAUUGGCGCAACUUCUCAAAAUUGAUGAACCUAUUGCUGAAUUGGGUGCAGAAAUUUUAGGAGAUACAAUAGCCAUUCGUCUCAGUCAAUUGCAACAAGGGGAAACAGAGAAACAGACAAAUCAACGCUUACAAAUUUCACGUUUACAGCGGGAGCUACGUGAAACGAAAGAUAGAGCUGAAUCACUUGAUUUGCAGGUUGGUGUAAUGCGACGUCGAUUAGCUGAUGCACAAGAGAAUAGACAUCAAAUAGUGACACCAGCGAGUAGUACACCUGUGACACUGGCUACUUCAGAAAAAGAAAGACGACGACUUUUGAAACAAUUGGAACAGUUAAAAGAAGUUGAAGAAAAUCUACGCCAGGAAGUUGUUAUGCUAAAAGCUAGAUUGCUAGAAUCCAGUCAAACUAAGCUUGCUCAAAUGAGUAUAUCAAAAGCAUUACGUGUUGCUCAAAAUAAAAUUGAUGAAUUAGGCUUGAUAUGUGAAAAACGUGAUAAUGAGAUUAAAAAAUUAUCUGAAGAAUUGAAUGAUUGUAAAAAGGAAUCAAAUAUAGAAUUAGAAAAUCAAAAUGAAGAAUUAAUAAAAUUACGUGAAGAAGUGAAAUAUUUGCAAACUUCACUAAAUACUAGUCAAAAAUCUGAAGAACAUCUUCUUGAAUUUCGUAAACUUGUUGCAAUCUAUCUUGGAUUAGAUAAUGAGCGACUGACAGUUCCAGAUUAUGAAAUAUUAACACAUUUGGAUAGACUGAUUUCAGCCAAUCAAUCUCAUGUUGCUAAUGCUGUGGCAACAGAAAGAGCAAUUGAUUUAGUAACCGGUAAUAACAGAUCUAAUGUUAUGAGUCAAUUUAGUCGAUGAAACAAUCAGAAAGGACCCCUUUUUUAUAAAUGAACGCUUUCCAGAUGCAUUUUUUAUGAUAAAAUGCCAACAAAUAAACAGUGAUAUAAUCCUUACUAUUAUUUUAAGGAUAUAAAAGUGUACAUGAAAUUAAAUUAUGAUAAUCAUGAAUAAAUCUGUUGAAACCUGUUUCUUUGAAACAUACAUUUGGUAACAAGUAAAUGCAAAUUUUAAAAACAGCUUUUGAGUAUAUAUGUUGAAAGAACUAUAAUAAGUAAUAUGAAUCAUAAGCGAC